UUAGCACCAGAGACAUCAUUCUGGCUUAGUAAUCCCUUUAGAGAAUUCCUUCCAACAAAUAUAGAAGGGUGUCAUCAUGCGAAGAUGAAUCUUUUCUUCUAAAAGACUGUUUACAGACCAGGAAUAAAGCAUAAUAAAAAAUGGCUUCCCAAGAUUUAAGGGUCUGUCAGUCCACUAAUCGGAAAAAACUGUUACUACAAGUGCUGCCCAUGGAUCACUUACCCUUUCCAAUGCCUCCUAGAAGUCUGAAAGUCAGGGGGUUGGGGGAAAAGCAAUAUCAACAGACAGCUGUCCUAGUGGGCACUGGAUAGACAGAAUGAUUAGCAUUGCUGAGCGAUUUAGUCAUUGCCAAUGGAAUGAUGAGCUCACAGUGCAAAAUGAGACACACAGUCGGUGUGGUUAGACUGUAAGCCUAACCCUCUCCCUCAGAACAUCCCCACCCUAUCCUGACCCCGACACUAGGUCUGGCUAGUUAACACAUGUGGAAUGAGAAUGCAUCUACCUCUGAGCUGGCAGGGUUAGAGAUGUACUUGGAUUCCCAGGUUGGAAGAUUAUCUCACUCAGUCUCCCAAAGAUAUAUAAGCUAAGCAGUCUUGGUGAGUCUCAGCAGAGCUGAAUUGAGCACUAGGGGAUUUCAAUCAUAAAGGAGUACAACUUACAACCAAAUCAGCAAAACAUGAUGAUGCUGAAAGUAGAGGAGCUGGUGACAGGGAAGAAGAGUGACAGUAAAGAGACUGGAGAUUUCCUUCCAGAUGACUUCAAAAAUGGAGAGUACGAAACUGUUGUACAAUUAGAGAAACAAGAGGACCUUAAGACACUCCCUGAACACUCCCUGGCUCGAGCAAAUGAGACCCAUGAAAAGGAGAAAAAACUGCAGGCAGAACUCAAGAAGAAAAAGCUAGAGGAAAGACCAAAACUUGAAAACUUGCAAGAUCUUGAAAAAAUUAUUCAGCUGAAAAAACGGAAAAAAUGCAUAAAAGUGAAAGUGCCUGUUUUAAAGGAACCUGAACCAGAAGUUAUUACAGGACCUGUGGAUGUACCUACAUUUUUAAAAGCUGCACUGGAGAAUAAAUUACCAGUUAUUGAAAAAUACCUGUCAGACAAAGGAGACCCAGAUGCUUGUGAUAAGUACCAACGCACUGCAUUGCACAGGGCAUGCUCAGAAGGACAUCUUAUGCUGGUGGAAAAGCUAGUGGAAGCUGGAGCCAAACUUGAGUUCCGAGAUAUGCUUGACUCUACUGCGCUUCACUGGGCAUGUCGUGGAGGAAGCCUGGAAGUUCUUAAAUUCCUGCUAAACAAAGGAAUAAACAGAAACGCCAGAGACAAGCUGCUCAGUACACCUUUGCACGUAGCUGUGAGGACGGGUCAGUAUGAAUGUGCUGAGCACCUCAUUGCCUGUGAAGCAGACCUCAAUGCCAAAGACAGAGAGGGAGAUACACCAAUGCAUGAUGCAGUGAGGCUGAAUCGUUAUAAAAUGAUUAGACUCCUGAUUAUGUAUGGAGCAAAUCUACACAUAAAGAACUGCGUAGAGAAAACCCCUAUGGAUCUCGUUCUUCAGUGGCAAAAUGGCACCAAAGAGAUAUUCAGUAGCCUUAAAGAGAAGUCCCACAAGAACUCCCAUGUAAACAAAUUCUGAAGAGAGAAAAAUUACUUGCACAGAGAAAAGUCAUCUUCUCUUCAGCAGUUUCAAGGCACCAAGAAACCUCAAGAAAAAUUGCACUGAACAUGAUACUUUUAUGGAAGAAAAACUGCUUAUCUUACUGGAGUAUUUGUAGCUGCCCUGCUAGGAAUACUCCGGAACAAAGAUUCAGAUAUUUAAAGCAGUUUGUGUUAAAAUUCCAUUGGUUUAAAGUUGCUUUAUUUAUUUUGUUAGUAAUUUAAAUGAUUAUUGUUGAUCUUUGACAAGAAGUCAUGUUACCUUUGGUUUUAUACAGAGAGCUACAGUUACGAUUUGUGGCAACCUGAAUCAGUAACAUUAACACCCUCCUUGGCCUUAUCUUAGUCAACAGUCCAAGUGUACCCUUGCUAAGUCUAUCAAAAGGCCUAAUUAGCUAACAUGUCAUUGUUGACCUGUCACUGUUAACUCUCAGUAUUAGAAUAAGCAGGUAAAACUGAGUGGUGAUAUGUGGAAGACAGUAGAAAGCAAUGGAAGGUUUACUAAGAUGUCAAGUGGAAUUAAAGGAAUGGUUCAAUAAUUGGACUUGUGUUGUUUUAGCUGUUGAUAAAGAAGCCCAGGUCAAACAAUAAGUAAUUGUUUGGUUGCUGGGUCAAACAAUGUUUUAAAGGUAAGAGGAUGAUAGAGAAGGAACAUGCACCUCUGGCAAGCUGGUAUAUAGUGAUCUAAGGAAAGACAGAUGUAUAUUUGUACAUGUGCACUGUUUUUUAUGUACAUUUUGUAUUGAUCUUAUUUAAAAUUUAAUAAACGGUGUUGCUCUUUUGAUCUGCGUGUAUUCUGCCAGAUCAAGAAGGUGUGUGGCUGAAGCAACAGGAAACUACCAGACAAUCUGCUUCUUUGCCUCUCUUAGCUAAAUGAUGAGAUGUGGUUUCUUCAUAAAGCUACUUGUCUACCUGGAGCUACCUGCGCGGAAGCAGGAUGUCUCUCCAUUAUUAAAUGCCUUUUUAAUUUCAUUUCUGUAUUUAAAAAAUGUUAGGCAGAGUGGUCUAUACUAGAUGUAAAAAUUCUGUUUUGAUCAGUUUGAGCAGGCACCAGCUCCUCUGCUAAGCAGUAGCUAAAGCAAAGCCAAACAGGAUGGGAAGUUUGAACAGCAAUAGCCUAGGAAGAGGGAACUGUACUUGCACUCGCCCAUGCUGGGAGAGGAAGAGCAGCUCUCCCUUUGCCAGGGCCAUCCUUAGGCACAGACUGCUGCAUAGGGCACCACUAAAUGUGGGGCAGUGUACUAGAGACGGGAUGUUAAACAGCCACAGGCAGAGACGGCUUCAUCUCCUAGCUGCCCCCCCUCCAUGAGUUCAAUGCCAGGGCUCCAGCAGCCCCCAACCAACCUUCCUCCCUCCAAUUGCCAGCCCCAGCUGGGUCCCUGCAGGCUGCACCCAGCUGCUGCUCUCAACAGGCAGCAAUCAGUAAGUGGUGGGAGUGCAGGCUGCAGUGGGAAA